AUGUCGAGCUCACGUGUCCCAUUUACACGCACCACUUCCUCUGUGCUCUCCACGCGCCUCCUUCUCUCCCCACACGCCCUCCUCUCUUCUUUUGUGUUUUCCUUUCCUCCAUUUUCUCUCCUCUCCAAUUUCUCAAUUCCCUCUCAGCUUUUCUUCUUCUCUCUUACUCGUUUCGAAUCCUCAUCGUCAACAAUUCCAGACGAACCUUUCACCGGAGUAUUGAACGAUAUAGUUUACCGCUUCGGCCGGAGAGAGGUGACUUAG